AUGGGAGCCGCAUUGGGUGUAUUUUCUUUAGCCCAAUUAAUAUGCUGUUCAUCUAGUAUAGCAUGUUCCCUUUGCAAAUGUUGUCCAAGUUGUGGCAAUUCUGUUGCAACUAGAAUCAUGUACGGUAUUAUGCUAUUACUUGGAGCUAUAACAGCUGCUAUAAUGCUGGCACCAGGUCUGCAGGAUGGCCUGAAAAAGGUUCCUUUUUGUCAAGAAUCUAAUUCAAAUAAAAUAGUACCGUCGUCUUUAUCUUGGGAAUGUGAUAAUGCUGUUGGUUACCCUGCUGUCUAUCGUUUGUGUUUUGCCCUAACCUGUUUUUUUACUCUUAUGUGUAUCAUUAUGAUAGGGGUAAAAUCGUCUAAAGAUCCAAGAGCAGCUAUUCAAAAUGGAUUUUGGGGAAUGAAAUAUUUAGUUUUAAUAGGAAUUUGCGUUGGUGCAUUUUUUAUUCCAGAGGGAGAGUUUGCAUCUGUUUGGAUGGUAUUCGGUAUGAUUGGUGGCUUUUUAUUUAUUUUAAUUCAGCUGAUUUUAAUUGUUGAUUUUGCUCACAGUUGGGCUGAGCGUUGGGUAGGCAAAUACGAAGAAACAGAAUCCAAAUUUUGGUAUAUUGCUUUACUGACAGUUACCUUUUUAUUAUUUACCAUUUCUAUUAUAGGAGUUGUACUCCUCUUUAUUUACUUUACCAAAUCAGAUGAUUGUAUGCUUAAUAAAUUUUUCAUUUCCUUUAAUUUACUCCUUUGUUUCUUUUCAAGUAUUGUAAGUACACUACCUAAAGUCCAAGAAUACCAACCUAAAUCUGGUUUGUUACAAAGUUCAAUUGUCAGUGCCUAUGUUAUUUACCUAACAUGGUCAGGUAUUUCUAAUUCGCCUGUAAAAAAUUGUAAUCCUGGUCUUUUACCAUUUAUCUCUCAAAAUAAUGGAACUGAUGUUUUUGACAAAGAAAGCAUUGUGGGAUUAAUUUUGUGGAUUUUGAUUGUAAUUUAUUCAUCUCUUCGCUCUGGAUCAAGCUCUAACAAAAUGGCUGUGUCUUCGGAUACUGAAAAUGUAGUGGUUUCAGAUAAUGACAGUAAAGAAAAAGAUGAUGAAAAAGAAGAAAUAACUUACAACUGGUCAUUUUUCCAUUUUGUAUUUGCAUUAGCCAGUUUGUACAUAAUGAUGACCCUUACAAAUUGGUACAGACCUAAUUCGACAUUAAAAACACUUAACGCUAAUUCAGCCUCCAUGUGGGUGAAAAUAGUAUCCAGUUGGUUGUGCAUUCUUUUGUAUAUUUGGUCAAUGAUUGCUCCUAUGUUACUUCAAAAUAGGGAUUUUACUCCAGUUUAG